UUGUCGUCUCUCUCAUCUCUUCUUUCAUCCCCGCGCUCUGUAGCAUUUCAUUGUGCAGGUUUGCUAUCGUGCGCCGAUACACCCUUAUCCCUCCCCUCCCUCUCUUCCUCUCUCUUCAGUCUUCACACAUCACACGCUGACACGCACUCUCAGUCCCCUAUUUUAUAUGGCGAGGGACACUGAACAGUCUUCGAUCGGUUGGAAAAAUGAGUGCUCUGUGAAAGGGGGAGAGAGAAUCAAGAUUUGGGUUUGUUUCUAUGGUGCUUAGAAAUGUGAUCUGCAAUGCGAAGUGGGAAUCUCUGAUAGAGAUUUUUUUUGAGUUUUAGAGUUUUUGCUGUUUUGUGAUCUUCAAGGAUUAGUCUAAUGGCUGGUAGUAAUGAAGUUAACGUCAAUGAGUCCAAGAAGGUGGUUCCAUUGAAUACAUGGGUCCUCAUCUCUAAUUUCAAGCUGGCCUACAAUCUUCUCCGGCGUCCAGAUGGUAGUUUCAACCGCCACUUGGCGGAGUUCCUUGAACGGAAAGUCCCUGCCAAUGCAAAUCCGGUUGAUGGGGUUUUCUCUUUUGAUGUGAUUAUUGACCGUGGGAUUGGUCUCCUUAGCCGAAUCUAUCGUCCUACUGAUGCUGAAGAAGGGCUGCCCAGUAUCACAGAACUUGAAAAACCCUUGAGCUCUGAUGUGGUACCUGUCAUCAUCUUUUUCCAUGGUGGAAGCUUUGCACACUCCUCUGCAAAUAGUGCUAUCUACGAUACUCUUUGUCGACGCCUUGUGGGCAUUUGCAAGGGUGUUGUGGUGUCAGUAAAUUAUCGGCGAGCACCUGAAAAUCAUUACCCCUGUGCCUAUGAGGAUGGCUGGGCUGCUCUUAAUUGGGUUAACUCAAGGUUGUGGCUGCAGAGUCAGAAGGACUCAAAAGUUCAUAUAUACCUGGCUGGAGAUAGCUCUGGUGGUAAUAUCGUCCACAAUGUUGCUCUGAGGGCUGGAGAAUCAGGAAUUGAUGUGUUGGGAAACAUAGUACUGAACCCAAUGUUUGGUGGGGAAAGGAGAACUGAAUCAGAGAAGCGAUUGGAUGGGAAAUAUUUUGUCACUAUUCAAGACCGGGACUGGUACUGGAGAGCAUUUCUCCCUGAUGGGGAAGACAGGGACCAUCCUGCUUGUAACCCAUUUGGUCCAAAAGGAAUAAGCCUUGAAGGGAUUAAGUUCCCUAAGAGCCUUGUGGUGGUAGCUGGUUUGGAUCUUCUUCAGGACUGGCAGUUGGCUUAUGUGGAAGGGCUCAAAAAAGCAGGACAAGAAGUGAAACUUCUAUAUAUGAAGCAGGCAACAAUUGGGUUCUACUUGUUACCAAACAACGAUCACUUCUAUACUGUGAUGGACGAGAUAAGUAACUUCGUGAGUUCUAACUGAUAGUAGACUUAAAGUAUGGACAAGCAUCGGUAAAUUUAAAAGCUCGACGUUUCAGUGGGGGUCAUUUUUUUUUUGGAAGGGCUUGUCUGCAGUUUGUAGAUUGUGUAGUACUACUAAUUACUGUUAUAUUGAUCAUGCUGUUACUUGGAUUAUGCUUCCAUGCCUGGGUUUGGUUGUUGGGUGCAAAGGCAUCUUUCAGCAUCUAGCUGGAUUGGAGUGUUGGACUCCUCGUAAUUACCCAAGUGUCUGGAAUUUGGGUGAUAUAGCUUGCUGAAGUUCCAUGGUGAUUAAAGCCAUUCAACUUUGUUUAGCAGAUCCAGCAAUUAUGAUUAACCCUUCCGACUUCCUGCCCCAAAGGAGAGGAAGACAGGAAAGUAGGGAUAAUAUUUGGUGCCGAUGAAAUUCAGAUCGGCUCGUUGCUAAUGUUUAUAGCUAAUUAUAGGACAUGGAUGGGAAGUCAUUCAUGGUAUUGUGAAUUUGUAUGAUGUUUAUACAUAUAUCUAGAAUGAUAUAGGAAUGGUUGCUUGUUUGCUGUUGACAUGCUCUUUCUUCUACUUGGCACUGUUUCUUUUUUCUUUUUUUUUUUCCCCAUUUUUUUCUGCUGCUUCUUAUCCCUUCCUU